AUGCAUUUUAGGCAAUCACAAAAAAGAAACCUCGACUACACAUUAUCGUUCAUCGCCUGCGUGUUAUCCAUCUAUAUCCUAAAACAGUCGAUUCGCCCAAUCCUGGACGGCAGUUGGUGCAACAGCAUAUUUUAUUCCUGGUCCCCAGCAGAGAACAUUCUAUCAUAUGAGUGGACGACCUUCAACAACACACCGUUCUUCACGGAGGACGCAUUCUUCAAACUGGACCUCACCGCGGAUCUGGAACAAGCAUGGGCUGAUUUCUUACCCCGACAUCCCAUCGCGAUUCCAAUCUCGCGAUUGAAGGACCUGAAGCAUUCUGAUAAUCUGCGAUUGGCUCAACCAUUCCCCACGAACAAUGAUCAAGUGAUUGCACUUCCGGAAGUGUUUGUCCAGCUUCACUGUCUGCAUUUCCUCUGGCAAUAUAGUCAUCGACAGGAAUACAACUACACCAACCUUCUGGGCAGCUCAGAAGAGCAACUGAAGAGACGGACCGAUCAAUGCGUCGAGCGUCUCCGGCAGGCCAUUAUGUGCUGGGCAGAUCCCGGGGUGUAUACCAAACUCCGAGUACAUGGCGGCGGAGGGUCGUCCCAGUUAGGAGUCGACCUCGACACUAUUCACAGAUGUCGGAAUUUUGAGGAUAUUCGGCAGUGGACCAUUGAGAAUGGAGUGAGCACAAUACGCAUGCUUGAUGGCUGGUGGAAUGUAACGAUGUCGUCUGGGUAGUAAUUAAAUAAUCGAAUAGAGAGUGCAAGAGGAGUUACACUAACCCCAAGAGAAAUAGAAAAGCAAUAGAGAGUGAGCAC